GGCAACACUCGAGCAGUCCGCCAGCAGUUUCGGCGAGGCAUUGAGUUCGCCAGGGCGGUGAUUGCCACUCUCAAUUCGUUCCGGCUGCUGUGAUUCGCCGUCGUGAGGGAUGGAGGUGAGCAGCGGCGAGACGAGCGAGCGGAGCGCCGCCCUGAGCCCUCUGAUCAAGCGCAAGCUGGAGGAGCUGCUGCCGGGCGUCGAUGCGGACGUUUUGACUGAGUAUGUGGAGCUCUUCGCCGCACAGAAGAAGGACAGGGGCGACUUCAUCGAAGAUCUCAAGGAGUUUCUCGGCGACAAGGUCAGUGGACACAGCGCACACGCAGAGACACACACACGUCAGUCUUGCCUGUCUGUUGUGUGUGUCGGUAUGCGUCAGACGGUGGACUUCGUUGACUGGUUCCUGGCCCACCAGCAGCGCGUGUCGGCACCUCCCGAGGCAGCACCGCCACCAGCAUCCCAGGAGGAGUCGUCUCGCGGCCGCAGCCGCGACGACCGGCGGGACGACCGUGAGGACCGUGACUAUGACCGAUACGACAGCCGGGAUGACGACAGAUACAGCAGGGACAGAGACCGCGACAGACGCGACAGGAGAUACAGGGUCAGUGAGGGAAGAGAGGAGAGUGGAGUGGCCACGAGCACCCUCUGACUGACGGGGCAAUCCAAUCAAUCGUUGCCCUGCCCGUCUUGCCUCUGUCUGUGCUGUGUGUGAUAGGAUGAGCGGUCGCGUCGUGAGUACGAGUAUGACCGCGAUCGCGAGAGACGUGAGAGGGACAGGUAUCGUGAGGGGGACUACAGGCGCGACAGGCGGGUGGACGAGAGGGACAGGCGGCCCAGGCCGCCCUCAUCAAUCGCCAACGAGGACCUCAGGAACGAGGUGAGUGAGCCACCAAGGUCAUGUCGUCAUGCUCGUGCAUUGAAGUGACGGAUGCACUCCACUGAUGCACCUCGUAAGUCUCUGUUUGUGUAUGGUUUGCGUCUGUCUGUCUUUUUACUUAUGGCAUGGCAGAUUGACCGGCGUGCGCAAGAGCGAGACAAGCGAGAAGGUGAGGGAGUGAGUGAGGGCGUGGUGUGAGCUGCAGGAUUCCACUUAGGAUUCCACUUCCACCCUCUCUCACUGUGAUGUCCAUUCCCUUGUCCUUUCCGUCCACACAGCCGGUGGUCGUGCCCGUGGCGGUCCCUUCGGCAACCUGAUCCUCCGAGCUGCUCAGGAGGCUGCUGUGUCAGCGGGCGGGGAGGCCGCCGCUGUUCCACCUGGUGCUGCAGCUGCUGCACCCAAGACUGAACACAGGGUGAGCCACGCAAACACAGAUUGCCACAGAGGCCACCCCUCACCCCACACAAUGUAAUGCCGCCCCGCCGUGGAUUUCUCCUUUGUCUUCCACAUGAUCGAUCCAUCAGGAGGGCGAGGAGGUGCACAUGCAGACGUCCAUCGAGAUCGUUGACGACACCCCCGCCCCGCCCGGCCCCACACCCAUCCCGUCGCCCGCAGCCGACCAGGAGCAGCCUGCAGCGGCAGCAGGAUCGGCAGCGGCCGACCAGCAGAUGGGUGGGGCGCCCCCAGAGCGGCCGGACCGACGCAGGCCGCGCGAGGAGCCGCCUCACCCAGAGGGAGGACCUGCUGCUGGUGGUCCAGGUCCUGGUGUUGGUGGCGGUCCCUUCAUGCCGCAGCAGCCGCCACAUCGUGUUGUGGUGCGUGUGGACCCCAUCACGGGUCAUCGUGAGAACGCCCCGCCGCCGUUCAGUGCGGGCAGGCCGCCGUACAGCUACGAGCCGCCCUUCGCACCGGCCAUCCCUGGGUGAGCGAGCUUGUAAAGGAAAGAGGGGAACACACACGACGACGCCUGUGUGAUGUGAUUGGUCUCUGUCUGUCCCUCUUGCUUGUGUGUUCAGUCCGCGAGGCCCUCCCCAUCCGUAUGGUCCGUUCCCCUCCCACCAGGCCAUGCGCGGCCCGCCACACUUCGCCCGCCGAGGGGGGUUUGGUGAGGGUCCGUUCGGACCAGACCGCCCGCCACGCUUCCCCUUCGCCCCCCGACCAUUCAGCCGCGGCGGCAGGGGACUCACCCUCACACCCGGGCCGGGCGCCUGGCAGGGCCCGCCGGGUGGUGGCGCUGGUGGUGGCGGUGGCGGCCCGCCGCAGCACAAUGGCAUGGAAGAGGACACACCGAUCCCGCCCGACCAGCAGCAGCCGCAGCAGCAACAGCAGCAGCAGCCGGACAUGGGAAUGGGUGGUAUGGGUGAGGAGCCGCACAUGCCGCUGCCACCGGGUCAGGGUCCGUUCAGUGGUCAGCAGGAGCCGGGCAGGCCUGAGGGCGACGUCGAGAUGGAGGGCAUGCAGCCCACCAAGAAGAUGAGGGCCGUCCUCAGGUGGGGGGCGUGGGGUGGGGGAGGCGCCUCGUGGGCUGUGUUGUGUUGUGGGGUGUCCCAUCUCUGCUGUAUGUGUGUCAUUUGUGACAUGACAGACCCAACCCAUCGUUUCAGUGGCCGGAGGACGGCAUGCAGAUCGCACCGCCGCCAGGGUGAGUCAGUGAGUGAGAGAGAGAGAGAGAGCAACUCGCACCCAAUGCUCUGUGACCCCAUCCCAUCAGUGUGAAUGAGUUCGGUAUGCCAUUGGGUGGUCCGGUUGGCGCGUUUGAUGGCGGGGGUCCGAUUGGCGCGUUUGAUGACGGGCCGCCGCCGCCCCCCGAGGACCCCAUGGCGGGGCUGCCCAAGGGACUCAAGCAACUCGCACACCUCUUCCCCGGCAAGGUGCGCAAAUGCCCUCUGACAGACGGACGGAUGUGACUGUUUUGCACGUCUGUUGUGUCUGUCGUGUGAACGGAAACAUCAGAAGUUGAAGCGUUGCCGGAAUUGGCCGGACUGUCCGUUUGGCGACCAGUGCAAAUAUGUCCACCCGUCCUCAUUUGUACGCACAAGGGGAGGGCGGAGGGGAGGGCGGAACAGCAAAGCGAUGCGUCGAGAAACCAACCAUCGAUAUAUGCUAUGCGUGUGCUUGGCUGUGGUGGUUGGUUGGUUCAGUGCAAGAUGUGGCCCGGCUGCAGCUUUGGCAAGGAGUGCCUCUUCAUCCACCCACAAGUGCCCUGCAGAUUCGGUAGGUACACAUGCAUCCAAUCCACUGCAUUCCCACUCUAAGUCGAUUGAUGUGACAUUCGCGUGUGUGUGUGUCCUUAUUACCAAAAUGACGUGAUGUCAGGUAUCCGCUGCAAGAACGCCCGCUGCAGCUACGCGCACCCGCCGGGCUGGCAGCCAUACGGCAUGCUCGACACCAUCAACAAGGGCGACCAAUACUUCAACUCACUCACACCGGUUAGUAACCACUCUCUCCCACACACACACGCAGAGGCAUCGACGCAUAAUCACCUCUCCACCGCUCCCUCCCCUGUUUGUGUGUCGUGUGCACGUCAAUCAAUCAAUCAACUAAUCAAGCAGCACUGGUCCAAGGCCAACCGCAAGGCUCUCCACAAGAACCUGUCCCUCAACAGGUCGCAAAUCGACCAGUUGGUCAUCAAGCAAGACGAAGAGCGACAGGCGGCCGCCUCACAGCCAGGCGCCGAGGGGGACGCAUCGGGCCAUCAUGACUGCAUGCAUCCCCACCAGGAGGGCGAGGUGCACUUGGGUGCCGACGGGGACGUUGAGAUGGGUGUGGAGGGGGGCAGUGGGCACCAGAACGGCUGGGGGAUGGGGUACGGCGACGAACAUUACGGCCAUGGCCACGGGGAAGAGGAAGACGAUGAGGAGACCACACGGGUCAGUGAGUGAGACGGAGACAACGCGCACACACACACACACUUUGUCGAAUCUCUUUCUCCUUCCAUUCCAUCCACCUCAGAGGCAAUUAGAGGAGCUGCAGCAGCUUGAGAAGGCCGAGGCAGAGCGCGACACCUCUGACCACCCGCACCCACACCACCCACCCGGCACAUCGGCCGACACAGCAGCGGGCGGCGGCGGCAACACCACCUCCAACCCCAACGCGUCCCACUCCCUCACCCGAGAGGAGUAUCUCCGUGUCUAUGGCUUCCAGCCGUCGAGUGCGGGCGCCACUCCUCGCCAAUUCACUCAGCAAGGCAGCAUCGAGUCGCAGCAGAGCCAGCAGCAGCAGCCGGGCCCUGCUGCUGCUGGAGGGGCGGGUGGGGGGCAGACGGCAGCAUAAUGAAGGGGAAAGAAUUCGAUUCGCAGUGUGCAUGUUGAUGCUUUCUUGUUUAAUGGGCUGAGGGAUAGGGAGGGAGGGAGGGAGGGCCCGAUGACUGACUGACUGACUGACGGACGUACGGAGUUUUGUCUCUCAGUCAGAUGGUGGGGUGUUGUUCGUGGAGUCAGCUGUUCACGCUUCCAUGCAAUCCUUGCUCGUCUCGUUCGUGCUUUGAAUCAAUCAACAGCUUUGGCUGUCUGUCUGUCUGUGGUUGUAUGGGUGGUGUGGUGUGGUGCCGUCUCCAUGCCACGUCAUACACACGCACACACACACACACACACAUUGGUGUGAGCCACUCUGUCCUCGUGAGUGUGUGUGUGUGUGUAUGUGACCUAUGCUGUGCGUCCCGUCCCGUUGGAUCCCGCAUUUUUCAAUAGCAGUGUCUCGUUCCAUGACCUCAUGACAUGUGCUGGGUGGGCUGGGCGUGGUUUUGCCCGACAGACAGACACCCGGCAGACAGACAGACGGACAGGCAGGCGCAAGAUGCGGGUGACAGACUGAUACACAGAAAAGCUUAUGGGUUAUGCGUGUGUGGGUAUCUGUGUGUGCCACUGUGUGGGUGGAUGGACGGACGGAUGCGUGGGACCAACCAACCCGUAAGUAUACUGAAUGUACUGAAUUGAAUGAUGGAG